AUGUGGAAUGGUACACCUUCACGACCAUCUUUAUGUGGGGUCCGCUCUUGUAUGCUGCCACGCUCCUCCUUCACCAGUAUCUCCGACUACGGCACAUCCCCGCCUCCCUCUGCUGGAUUCUCCCCUUGGUGGCUUCUACGUGCCGUGUAUAGCGGAUCUCUUGUUCGCAUCGGUCCAAACGACCUUGUGACGAGCGACCCGGACCUCAUGAAGCGUAUGCUCGGCGUGCGCACCAAGUACACGCGUUCAGACUGGUACAACGCGAUGCGACUGGAUCCGAGACACGACAACGUGCUGUCUACCAGAGACGAUGCAGUGCACACCAGACUCCGGUCUCAGAUGGCCGGAGGGUAUUCUGGCAAAGAAGUAGUCGAACUUGAAGCCAAGAUCGACGAAAGCGUCCUUCGACUCAUGUCAAUGAUCGAUACGUAUGCUUCUCAAGAUAAAAGGUUCGACUUCGGCCUGAAGGCGCAGUACUUCACGCUCGACGUCAUUUCAGAUCUUGCAUUCGGCAAGCCGUUCGGCGAUCUGGCUUCCGAUUCGGACGUUUAUGACUACAUUCACACGACGGAACAAAGCAUGCCGAACAUCGUCGUCGCGGCCGUUCUGCCCUCUCUACUCCAUGUGUUAUCGUGGCUCUGCUUCGGCGGCUGAUGCCUUCGGAAAAUGAUGCCACCGGGUUCGGAAGGCUGAUUCGGUACGUCUUGUUCGCGUCCCAUCUCGGACCUGGUCUGCGCUUGGCCGCUGAAUCGUCGACUUGUGCGGUCUUUGUUGCGUUCUCGCAAGUCCGGCACAGCUGACACAGCGACAGGAUGGCGAAGGAAAUCGCCGGCGAGCGCUUCGGGCCAAGCAAGAAGACGAGGCAAGACAUGCUUGGCUCUUUCGUAGCACACGGCCUGACGCAAAAAGAGGCGUCUUCGGAAAUCCUCAUGCAAAUGUACGACUUGCCGAGAUCUCUUCGGUCCUAUACUCUGAGGCCACUACUAACCCUUCCGACAGACUCGCUGGAUCGGACACGACGGCCACGGCCAUCCGAGCUACGCUGCUUCACCUCAUCACCAACCCACGAGUGCUCGCGACACUUCGUGCAGAGAUCGAGCGCUUC